UUCACUCUCUGUGUGUAUUUGACAAGAACAGAGGAUUGCUUUUCACCAUGAGGCAGCUCUUGGGCUGCUGCUCCUUCCUACAACGUCUCCCUUCCUUCCUCGUUCUCCCUUUCUCUUUCCCUUCAUUCGUGGCCUGAUCGAACAGUUGGACUUUUUUUUUUUGUUACGACCCCUCAAACGGGACAGAUUAGCCCCAAGGAGGGGGGUUGGAAAAAGAACAGAAGGAGGUAGAAAAAGGGGGGGGGGUUGACAUCUCAGGGGAGAAGCUUCUUUUUCUCUUGCCUCAGCAGGGCAGGGAGAAAGAAAGACAAGAAGACGGAGAGGCAGCGUGAGCCCUUUUCAAUGCAGAAUAGCUUUUUUUUUGUUCUCUUUCCUUGGCUUUGGCUUUUCUUUGCCCUGCUUUGUUGCUUCGCUCUCCUGUUGUCCCAAGUGCGGGGACAAAAGUGAACUACUCGGCAGACGGGACUUCCACAAGAGUAAGCGUCUUGUACGGCUUGUGGAAAGCUAGCAUUUGCUGGCCAGAUUCAGUAUACACCAACCGGACACCCCACGCUUUGAUGAGGUAACAGUCAACAAAUUUGCCCAAAAUCCCACAGAGGAAAAAUGGGCCAGAAGAUUUCAGGAAGCAUCAAAUCUGUGGAUGUGAGAGGCGAGCCCUCCUACCGCCCCUUACGGCGAGAACUCAGAGGUCCAGAUUUCUUCAAGCCAGCCAGGCUUGACCUGCUUCUGGAUAUGCCAUCAGCAUCUUUUGAGCAUCAGUUGCAGCAUGCUUGGAACCCAGAUGAUCGCUCUCUCAAUAUUUUCAUCAAGGAAGAUGACAAGUUGACUUUUCACCGCCACCCUGUGGCCCAAAGUACAGACUGCAUUCGAGGAAGAGUGGGCUAUACAAGGGGCCUUCAUGUUUGGCGCAUUCACUGGCCUGCUCGGCAGCGGGGUACCCAUGCCGUAGUGGGUGUGGCCACAUCAGAGGCACCACUACAUUCGGUGGGAUACACCUCUUUGGUAGGUAGUGACAGUGAGUCCUGGGGCUGGGACCUGGGGCGCAACAAGCUUUACCACAACAGCAAAAACCGACCAGCUUCAUCAGCACCCACCUACCCCAGCUUCCUAGAGCCUGAGGAAGCAUUUGUGCUACCUGACACCCUGGUGGUGGUACUGGAUAUGGACGAGGGGACUCUUAGUUUCAUGGUUGAUGGACAGUACCUUGGAGUGGCCUUUCGAGGACUCAAGGGAAAGAAGCUCUAUCCCAUCGUUAGUGCAGUAUGGGGACACUGUGAGAUCACCAUGCGCUACAUCAAUGGCUUGGAUCCUGAGCCCCUGCCUCUGAUGGACCUGUGCCGGAGAGCAGCUCGUCUAGCUCUGGGCCGUGACCGAUUGCAGCAGAUCGAGACCUUGCCUUUACCCCAAUCUUUAAAAAAUUACCUCCAAUACCAAUGAUGUGGACAGCUCGACUCGACACACACAAAGACUCACAACGACGCGACGCCUCGAGGUGCAGCGGCAGCAACAGCAGGGCCGAAUGUUUACACUGCAAUUUGUGGCUACUACCAGAGAUAUCCUAUUUCUUCCACAAUUUGUUUUUGUUUUGUCUUUCUGGAUUUUUGGAUAGUGAGAAUCGAGCGUCAGGAUGCCACAGCACCCCCCACUGUUAGUCUCGCUCUGAAUGUAUUAAAAAAAAAACCCGGAGAUGCUCAAACCAGGCUCAGAAGUGAUGCUUAAACAUUCCAGCAGGAAACCAAGCACCUUAGAGGCCAGACACUGGAGAUGGAGAUGGAGAUGGAGAUGGAGAGGGAGCUGGUUUCAAACAGGUCUUACCUGUGCACAAGGGGGCGACCUCUAAGUACAUCAACACCCGAUUAAGUGCACUAAUACAGCACAAACGCUUCAAGCUAACUUUUUUCUUUGCCCUAAUCUAAUAAUUUUUGAGUGUGUACCUUAAUUUUAAGGUUAGUGUGAAGUUUUUCCCAGUCCCCAAGGUUGAUUUAUGAUGAUUACGACAUAUGUUUUAUUUCAUUUAUCUGGAUGGAAUUCUUUUUUAAAUGGCUUUGACCUUGUGCAUACUAGCACACGGACAUCCCAAAUGGCUUUUUAUUUGAAACCAGGAUGCUGCUUUUUUCUAUUAUUAUUAUUAUAAUUAUAAUUAUAAUUAUUAUUAUUAUUAUUAUUGUUGUUGUUGAUGAUGCGGUUUGUCUGCCCGAUCAAACCAUAGAUCUGCAGUAAACCGUAGAAUGUAUGGACCCUGUUCUACAUUAGUAUAUUUAAAAAUGUGAAUAAAAUCCAAGUGAAUGAGAA